AUGACUAUUACUUACUUUAUUACUGGUGCCAAUCGUGGGAUUGGGUUUGAACUUGCCAAACAGCUUUCUGCGGAUUCAAAUAACAUUGUUUUUGCAACUACUCGUUCUCUUGCUAAUGCUACUGCUUUGCAAGACUUGAAUCGUUCAAAUCUUCAUAUCAUUGAAUAUGACGUUACUUCUCCUUUGGAAACAAUGAAGAAAGCUUUGGUUGAGCCAUUUGAAAAGUACUCUCCAAAUGGUGUCGAUGUUAUUAUCCUGAAUGCAGGUAUUGCUAAAGAUGCCGUAAGAUCUAUUCUCCAAACAACUGAAGCGGAUUUGGAAGAACAUUACGCCGUCAAUGCCAUUGGACCGGUGAAGGUUUACCAAUCACUCUUCCCAUAUUGGUCUAAAAAAGUCAAUGCGGAAACUGCAAAAAAAUUGAUCCUAGUUAGUUCAGGUGCUGGUUUCGUUCAUAAUUACUAUCCUUUCCCAACAUCUCAUUAUGGUCCUUCUAAGGCUGCCUUGAACCAUAUUUCAAGACAUAUAGCUUUUGAUCAUACUUCUUCUGAAUUAGAUCAUAUCAAGAACUCCAUUGUUGUUCCAAUUAACCCCGGUAUUGUCGUCACCAACAUGUCAGAAGAAGCUGUAAAGACCUUCGAUUUUGAAAAAUUUUCUCUUAAGUUGAUUACCCCAGAAGAAUCUGCUAGUAGUAUCAUCAAGCUUAUUAAUGGUCUUGAACAAAAGGACAACGAUACUUUUAUUAGCUAUGAUGGUACCAGAUAUUCUUGGUAA